AUGAGCCUUUCAAACACUGGAAGAAAUUUCACAACACCUGUCUAUCGGGACACUUUACAAACAGCCGUAGUCAAGAAUGUGAUUACUGUGGUUCUCUGCAUCUCCAUUAACUAUAUCAACAGUGCCCUGAUACACACAUUCAAAAAACAUCAGGUUUUCAAUAUGAACCCUCGCUACAUCCUGUACAUCCAUCUGGUAAUCAAUGAUAUAAUCCUGCUGACCAUUUUCACCCUCAUUCAAGUCCUGAGUUACAUUGUGUUCACUCUAAAUGUCUCCUUAUGUAUAAUUUUGCUAAUGAUAGCUAUAUUUGCAAAUCUGAACAAUCCUCUAACACUAGCUGUCAUGGCAGUAGAGUGUUACAUUGCCAUUUGCCUCUCAAUCCUACCAGAUUUAUUUGUCGCCUUGGCCACAGAAUCUAUGGAAUUCUUUCAAUCCAGAGUGUUCUGCCUGAGAGAAAAUAUUUUCAGAAACCCCUAUCUCAGAGAGAAGAGAGAUAUAUCCAACACUGUGUUUUUGGUCAUUGUUUGGCUCACUCUUUUAUAUACAUACUUCAGGAUCCUUUUCGCUGCACAAGCAGCUUCUACAGACGCCAAGAAAGCAAGGAACACUGUCCUGCUCCAUGGCUUCCAGCUGCUGCUGUGUAUGCUUACCUAUGUUUUUCAUCUUAUGAUAGAAAGUCUGACAUAUUUGUUCCCAAAAGGGGUACUGGCCAUUCGCUUUGCUAUCUCAAUAUUUGUUCAGGUUCUGCCUCGACUCAUCAGUCCUGCUGUUUAUGGGCUACGAGACAAAACCUUUAGGAAGUACCUGAAAAGACAUCUGUUCUGUACAAGUGUUAACACUCAUCCACAAAAAUUUGUGAGGCCACUGUAA